CCGGCUUGAUCAUCACGCUGGAGAUGGAGGGGAGGUCGGUUGGAUUAUUGAAACGCAAAAGGAACAGACUGGCGCUGGACCAGGCGGGCGUACACAAAUUCACGAUACUCACCGUGACACCGGCCAAGAACAUCAGGCCGAUGCGGAUACCAAUAGAAGUGGAGAUAUCAGAGGAAGACUUUAAAGUCGACCCGAAAGAGGGGACCGAGGAACACACCGACAAUGUGGGAACAACGGCCCACCUGAACGACUCGACGUUUAUCGAGGACGUACCCUCGCAGAGGGAAGAGAACAACUCCUCCUUCGACGAUGCCGGCGAUGAGUUUAUCUUAUCUGCAAACCUAAACGGCUACGAAGGGAUGGAGGUAGUUGUCUCGGACGAAUUGGCAAAAAUCCUGGACGAUGGAUCGUCCCUGAAGAGGGGCACCUCGACACCGGCGAAACCGAACACGACCAUGGCCAACGGCCUCGCACACGAAAAAGAGAAAACGACAACCAAACAAGACACGAAAGAGGGCUCUAUGACGAACAAAGAAAACGAGGUGGACCUGGACGAAUCCCUAUUAAGAAUAUCGCUACCGCUGGAGGAGCCGACCGAAAACGUAUCGUCCACACUAAGAUUAUAUAAUAAAAAGGAAGGAACUAAGAGCGGAAACGCAGGAACACAAGGAAAAACAAAACAUGACAGAAGUCACAGGAAACAAACUCACCGCAAUGGAAACGUUACCAGCGGCGGAACCAUCGAAGCGUAAGAUAACCUGCGAACGGGAAAAUCCUUGAAAACGUCGAACGUAUGCCAACCACGGAGAACAAAGACCAAACAAGGAGAAACACAACCUGACUGAACAGAGAGAGACCAAAUUAUCGAUAUAUCGAAAUAUAACCUUAUAAAGUAAGAGUAUAUGUUUAAGAACACGCGAAAUUACUAUCAAUGUUGUCCUAGUCGUAAGUGUUUUUGUUGUCCUGAGUUUAACAGUAACGUCAACCGGGGAAUAAAAAUUUUAUAAAAACGACGUGUCAUAAGAUUAACGAAAGUAAUAGAAAGAACUCUAUCCAGCUUAUUUUAGCUUAACUCGAUUGUCACUCUUAUAAUAACCAAUGCAGUUGGCCGAAACCACGAAAACAAAUAUUAUCUGAACAAUAAUUAAAACAACGUCGUUCUAUCCACGAAUAUUUGAACUGGAAAAAUACUACGACAAAUCCAACAAUAAAUCGAUUGACGCGGCCACCGGAAUAACGUUAAGAUUAACUACUAGUAAAUAAACAAAAGAAAUUAACGUUGUUUUCGUUCACAACAUAUAAAAAUUUAUUAAUGAUUACUAGCAUUUAACCGCGUAACGGACAAGCAGCCGUUAACAGGUCGUUAACCGUCGCGGAAAUAAUACUAUACACAUCGAUAUUAUAUAUUUAUUUAUUUAUUCAUUUUUCAAAUAUACAUACACAUGUCGUUACCGACACGUAUAGGUACAAGCUUAAUGCGAAUACCAUAGACGAUCGCGAGAAAACACAGUCGAAACUCCUCAAUCUAAAGUAUUAUAUUUAUUUAUUUAUUUAUUUAAAUUUAACUAACGAGACUGGUAUAAUUUUGCGAAGUAGCAUAGAAGCAUACAAUGUAUCGUAAUCGUCACAAAGACAAUUCAGCGAAUCUCGCAUACUUCCAAUGAUAAAAAGAAAAUGUACGAAAUGUUCUUGUACCUUUGUAAACGACGAGCAACGUAUUUUCCGACGGAAUAACCAUCGCGACGUCGUAC